UGUCUGCCGACAUAUCCUUGUUUGUGCAUUUUAAUCAGCGACCGGAAAAAUAACAGGUAACCCGUCUAAAGCCACCGUCCUUUUUCACACCUGGGAACAGAGUAGCUUGUUAGCGGUAACUCUGUGGUCAGCCUUCUUCGACCGACGUGCAAACAUAAAACCAGCGGAAUUGUAACGUAACGUGUGUUGGUGUGUCACCGCAGCGAAUCUAGCCGUAUGAGACACUGCUCUGAAGACGGCUGUUGUGCGUGUGCGCUGCAUUGCCUUAAAAAAUCGUUGUCGGGAUUUGUUCGUGUAAUCAAGAAAUCCGCUUUGAUAUGGAAUGGUGUACACCACUGGCCCCAGUUUUCAGUCACUGAAAAGCCCCGACAACAUGGACAUUCAUCCGCUAUGUACCAAGCUGUGCACACACACAGUCCUGGAUGGUAAGGAGGAUGGGGGAGAGAAGCAGGGAUCAGUCACUCUCAACCCUCGGCACAUGAAGAAGGCCUUUAGGGUUAUGAACGAACUACGCAGUCAGAACCUUCUGUGUGACGUGACCAUAGUAGCUGAGGACGUGGAGCUUGCUGCUCACAGAGUAGUGUUGGCUGCUGGAAGCCCCUACUUCCAUGCCAUGUUCACAGGCGAGAUGGCAGAAAGCAGGGCGAAGCGCGUGCGGAUAAAGGAGGUGGAUGGUUGGACUCUUGGACUGCUGGUAGACUACAUUUACACAGCCGAGAUACAAGUCACAGAAGACAAUGUACAGGCGCUGCUGCCGGCGGCGGGUCUGCUCCAGCUGACGGAGGUCAGGAGGGCGUGCUGUGAGUUCCUCAGCUCCCAGCUCCACCCGUCCAACUGCCUGGGCAUCAGGGCCUUUGCAGAUCUGCAUGCCUGCUGCCAGCUGCUCACCCAGGCCAACACUUAUGCAGAGCAACAUUUUGCUGAUGUGGUCGGGAGCGAGGAGUUCCUAAAUCUGGGCAUGGAGCAGGUUUCCAGCCUCAUUGCUAGUGACAAACUCACCAUCCCCUCAGAGGAGAAGGUGUUUGAGGCGGUCAUAGCCUGGGUAAACCAUGACAAAGAUGUUCGUCAGGAGCACCUGGCCCACCUCAUGGAACACGUUCGCCUCCCCCUACUCUCUCGGGAAUACCUGGUGCAGCGCGUGGAGGAGGAGGCUCUUGUGAAGAACAGCAGUGCUUGUAAAGACUUCCUGAUCGAGGCCAUGAAAUACCACCUGCUCCCGGCCGACCAGCGGGCCCUGAUGAAGACUGCCCGCACACGCAUGAGGACGCCUGCCUGCUGCCCCAAGGUGAUGGUGGUGGUUGGGGGCCAGGCUCCCAAGGCCAUCCGGAGCGUGGAGUGUUUUGACUUUAAGGAGCAGCGAUGGUUCCAGUUAGCAGAGCUCCCCUCAAGGAGGUGCAGAGCAGGAGUGGUUUGUGUGGGUGGGUGUGUGUACGCGGUAGGCGGUUUUAACGGCUCGCUGCGCGUGCGGACAGUGGACUGCUAUGACCCGGUAACAGACCGUUGGACCUGUGUCAGCAGCAUGCAGGACAGACGGUCGACGUUAGGGGCAGCUGUACUCAAUGGACUACUUUAUGCAGUGGGGGGUUUCGACGGCAGCACAGGUCUGUCCACUGUGGAAACGUAUAAUGCUAAGACCAACGAGUGGUUCCAUGUGUUACCCAUGAACACCAGGCGCAGCAGUGUGGGGGUGGGCGUGGUCAACGGCAUCUUGUAUGCAGUGGGAGGGUAUGACGGUGCCACCAGACAGUGUCUGAGUACAGUAGAGGCCUACAACCCUAACAGCAACACCUGGAGCUACACCUCUGAGAUGGGCACGAGACGCAGCGGAGCAGGUGUUGGAGUGCUGAAGGGUCUCCUCUAUGCAGCUGGAGGUCAUGACGGCCCGUUGGUCAGGAAGAGCUGCGAGGUGUAUGACCCCACCUCCAACAGCUGGAGACAGGUGGCAGACAUGAACAUGUGUCGACGCAACGCAGGUGUGUGUGCAGUUAACGACUUGCUGUAUGUGGUUGGAGGUGACGAUGGCAGCUGUAACCUGGCCUCAGUUGAGUUCUACAACCCCAGCUCUGACAAGUGGACACUACUGCCUUCCUGUAUGAGUACGGGGCGGAGCUACGCAGGAGUGACGGUAAUUGACAAGCCUUUAUGACUGAUCUGAGAUCUGCAGCUGCUGUUUGAAGAGAGCGCGUCUCUCUGCAGAAACCUAACCAAGGGUCUGUCUGCACAUCCACCUGAAGUUGCCUCCAUAGGCACCAAGGAUGUGGAGGAGGAUGAUGAAGAUGACUGCACUUAAAGAACGGGAGGACGGUAGCGCUUUGGAACGGCUGAGUCAGACCGCGGUUGUGUUUUUUUAACGUUUUGGAAGCAGGAUUCCAGUUUUGCUGGACGGAGGAGCUUCAGUUGCCUCUCGAAAGCCAUUGCGACAUCGCCGAGAAGUUACUCAAGGCCACUCAAGAAGUAACAUUGUCUUAAUGUUGCUGCAAUGAUUUGAUGGGAGACUUUUGAUCUUGUUCUUUUUAGAAGGACUGUUGAUCAUUUGCGCAGAUUCUCUGCCACGUUCAUUUCCAUCCUCGCUAUGGUGCGUGGAGGUGUGUGUGUGCACGUGCCUGUGUAAGUGUGUGUUUGCGUGCGUACAUGUCCAAGUGUGAGCCCAUGAGUCUGUGGUGACGACUUGUCUCACUCAGAGCUUGACACAGUGCUCUAACAGUGCUUAAAACAUGGCUGACCUAAAACGGUCUCAAAUGAUACCCUAUUCUCCAGUUAGAUGCUUAUUGUUUACCAUAGAUUUACAGUGUAAGGCUAUCCCUAAGUAGCUCCCAUCGGAAGUAGUGCACUUCAUUGGUGAAUAGGGUGCCAUUUUGAAGCUAACACAUUGUUUAUAACAACUGUAACGGACGUGAUUGUAGAAAUUGUACAUUUCAGGGGAGGAAUGUGGAAGAUAAACUUGACUGUUUUGAAAAGAAGAAAAAAAAGAAGUGAUUUUAAGGAAAAGGUGCUUAGUGUCAUGGUGCCAAAAGACAAGAAGGGAAUGGGAUUGGUGGAUGUUUUUAACCCGUUGUGAUGAGACUGUUGCUGAAACUGGCUGGUAGCACAUACCAUGGCUGAACUUCUGCAUGGUCCGAACCUCCACCCUCUAACCUGACUCCUAACCACACUACAUCUGUGUAGGGGUCUUGUUAACUACUACUGCACCCUGACCUGAUAUGAAUGUUUCUAUCUCUCUCUCUAUUUAUGUCAAUUUAUUUUGAACACUAUCCAUUUUUCUGUCUUUCUAUCAAUCUAUCUUUGCUAUCUUUCAGGAAAGUGACCAAACCUCUCCCUUUUUGUUCUCUCAAAUGUAUUUUGCUCUUUUCUUCUUUUGAAUCCUCUGCUUUCUUUCUGCCUGACCCUUUUUUAAGUAUUGCUAGUAGUACUGAUGCCUCCGUCUCCAGUCCGUGUAUCAAGGAAUGUUGUGUAAUGAUCUUUGAAAUUGUUUCAUUACUUAUUUUGUAUUCUCAUUAAUAAAUAUGCUUCUUGUAUUUAUAUCUAACAUAAAUGAAUGUGGGUAUAUAUUCGUUAUUUGGCUCUGCUUCUACUUUUUAUUGCAGA